AUGGCAAUUGAGCAAGUUCUUCACAUGAAUGGAGGUGUGGGAGACACAAGCUACGCAAACAACUCUACAUUUCAGAGAAAGGUGAUGCUCACCGCGAAACAUAUACUUGAAGAUAGUAUAAUGAAGCUGUAUUGCUCAACUCUUCCAAACUGUUUGAAAGUGGCAGAUUUAGGUUGUUCAUCAGGUCCAAAUGCACUUCUUGUGGCAUCUAACGUCAUCAACAUUGUUGAUGCAGUGAGUCAAACAUUGCACCGUGAGCCACCCGUGUUUCAGUUUUUCCUGAAUGACUUAUUUGGAAACGAUUUCAAUACCACCUUUAAGUCACUCCCUGAUUUUUACAAAACACUGCAAGACGAGAAGGGCGACAAGUUUGGUCCAUGUUUCUUUAGUGCAACACCUGGUUCUUUUUAUGGGAGACUCUUUCCCGAUGAUACCAUUCAUUUUUUUCAUUCCUCCUUUAGUCUUCAUUGGCUUUCCAAGACUCCGAAUGAGUUGACUGAUACUGCAGAACCCAUUAACAAAGGUGCCAUAUAUCUAACAAAGACAAGCCCUCCAGCAGUGCACAAAGCAUACUUUGCUCAGUUUCAAGAAGACUUCAAGUUCUUCUUGAGAUCACGUUCGAGUGAGCUUCUUCCUGGUGGUGCCAUGGUCCUAACUUUCAUUGGAAGAGAUGAAAAUAAUGACCUGAUAAAUGCUUGGGUGAUAAUUGGUAUGGCACUUAAGGACAUGGCUGAAGAGAAAUUGAUAGAGCAGGCAAAAUUGGACUCCUUUAACAUACCAUCAUACUGUCCAACGCCUGAGGAGAUUAGACAAACAAUAGAGGAAGAAGGGUCAUUUGAUAUUCAAAGGUUGGAGACAAUAAGAACGGAUUGGGUUAAAAACAUCAACGUGAAUGUAGAUGACUCUCUUUGUGAUGAAGACACGAGAGCUGAGGCAGUAGCAAAGUACAUAAGAGCUGUUGCAGAACCAAUUUUGAAAUCAGAGUUUGGGGAAGUAAUCAUGGAUGAAUUGUUCCGCAGGUUCAAAAACAAGAUUGUCCAACUUUAUGGGGUGGAGAAAUUGGAGCUGCCUAAUCUAGUCAUGCACAUCACGAAACGUUCUUGA